AUGUCACAAUUCUAUCGUGUACCGAUCUUUAUUAUCAUCUGUCUUUAUGUUUUUCAACCAUCUAUUUUUGAAUGUAGUCCUCUUACUCAAAAAAUCGUUAUUCAUGGUCAUGAAUGGACUGUACCCAAUGAGCCUGGUUGGGAAGACGUUUUACAAGAAGUAGAACCAAUUCGUCGUCUAUUGUUAGCUAACUGUGCUACAAGUCGUGAAUGUCGAUUAGCUGCUGAAAAGUUACGUGAUAUCUUUUUAAAAUAUCCUGUGUCAUCGAAAUAUUAUGACGAUUCUUUACGAAAUGAUAAAAACGCAUAUGAUCUGGGUUCAAUUUUUAAAUGGGGAUAA